GUCAGAUACUUCUCAGAAAAAUCCUAGUAUGAGUAUGCCUUAAAUUGAGGUUAUGACCGGGUCGUGAUGCUCUGGUGGCAUGUCUGGAAAUUGCGCAGGAAUUACCCGGAAGCAAUUGGAUGGUAUGAGAGGGCUCUCGCACUUAGCCCCAGAGGCGCUAGCACGUACGCAGCGCUGGGAUUCACACAUCAUCUGCAGCACAAUCUGAGUCAGGCGAUCGAUUAUUAUCAUAAGGCUCUCGGUCUGAAGUCAGAUGACCUUUUCACGGCGGAAAUGCUCACAGUUGCACUAUCGGAAGAGUGCUUAAGCUACUCCCAGAGCGGAUCCGCUGCCAAUGACAAGGCACCGGAAAUAACGAAGCUCAAGGCACAAGUUGAGGCGUUGAAUCGUGGUAAAGAUGUAGCCAGUACAUCAGCCACGGUGUCUAGACCUGUCACGGAGUCCGAAGAGAUCGCCCGAUUGAGGCGCGAGCAGGUUGAGGUGAGGACUGCUAUGGACAAACGCUUGGCAUCCAUGGAGGAAGUUAUUUUCGCGUUGCAGAAGCAAUGUGAGGUCGUCGAGGCAAACGCCGAAGUAUGGAGAAUCGAGGCCAUGCGUCCGGGUAAUAAGCGAGGCAGUAUUGCUAUCGGCCAAACUCCGAUUUCGGAAGCAAGGGUUCGAACGCGGGUCACGCCCGCCGCUUCGCCAGGCCCCACGGGCAGGGUCAACGCACAACUGAAAGAAAUGGUGGAGCGGCACCAGAGAGAAGUUGACCUGCUCAAAGAGAUGCGACUUCGCGAGGUGAACGCUCGCAAAGAAUCCAAGGAGGUUGAGAAGCUGAAGAAGGAAGCAAUGGUGAGGUUGGAAACGGGUAGGAAGACGGGUGGAACUAAUCUUAAGUCCAGGCUAGAUGACGUGGUUGGUUCAUCUGCCAAGAAAGACAAAGGGAAGUGUGUGGUUACUCCUGUUACUUUGGAGGGUGUCGGUUACACGAAGUUGGAAGAAGCGAAGGAGGCAAUUGCCCAGUCACGUACGGAUAGGGCUAUGCAAGAGGACGACCAAGACAAGGAGCCGGAUAAGAACAAGUCAGUGGUGGAGCGAACGGACGACCAGGGGGAAGACUCAGUCAAGGCAUGACUCCGUUUCUUCUUAGGGUCAUGCCCGGACGCGG